AUGGAAGCCGUCAAGAACAUUCUGAGCAAGGCCACCAAUGGCGCUACAAAGCCCGCCCCUUCGGCCGAGGCUGUUUCCCAGCUCAAGGAAAAGUACACCAAGGCUGGACAGGAGCACGUCUUCACAUUCUACGACUCCCUGAGCACUGCCGAGCAGGCUACCCUCUUCGAGCAGCUCUCCGGCUUUGACCCUGCCUACAUCAACGAGAUCACCGACCGAGCGCUGCACCCCCCGCAAGUCGAUGAGAGUGCUGCCAAACUUGAGCCCCUGCCCGAAUCCGCAACUGCUAGUAUCCUCGACUCGAGCUCUGACGAUAUCAACAAGUGGUACGAGUCUGGCCUUGACCUCAUUGGCAGCAACGAGGUUGCUGUCGUGCUCAUGGCCGGUGGCCAGGGCACCAGACUGGGAAGCUCUGCGCCCAAGGGCUGCUUUGACAUUGGUCUGCCCUCGCACAAGCCCCUCUUCCAGAUCCAGGCCGAGCGCAUCCGCAAGGUCGAGGAGCUGGCUGCCAAGAAGGCUGGCGUUGACAAGGUCGUUGUCCCCUGGUACGUCAUGACCAGCGGACCUACUCGCGGACCUACCGAGGAGUUCUUCUCCUCAAAGAACUACUUUGGCCUUGCCAAGGAGAACGUCAUGAUCUUUGAGCAGGGUGUCCUGCCUUGCAUCUCCAACGAGGGCAAGAUCAUCCUGGAGAACAAGGGCAAGGUCGCCGUCGCCCCCGAUGGCAACGGUGGACUCUACCAGGCCCUUGUCGUCUCUGGCGUUCUUGACGACAUGCGCAAGCGCGGCAUCAAGCACAUCCACGCCUACUGCGUGGACAACUGCCUGGUCAAGGUUGCCGACCCCGUCUUCAUUGGUUUCUCUGCCUCGCUGAACGUCGACAUCGCCACCAAGGUGGUCCGAAAGCGUGAUGCCACCGAGUCCGUCGGCCUGAUCCUCACCAAGAACGGCAAGCCCGACGUUGUCGAGUACUCCGAGAUUGACAAGGAGACUGCCGAGGCCCGCGACGCCAACAACUCGGAGCUGCUCAAGUUCCGCGCCGCCAACAUUGUCAACCACUACUACUCAUUCAGCUUCCUCGAGAGCAUUCCUCAGUGGGCGCACAAGCUGCCCCACCACGUCGCCCGCAAGAAGAUUCCCGCCACCGACCUGGAGACGGGCGAGCUGAUCAAGCCCGCCAAGCCCAACGGCAUCAAGCUCGAGCAGUUUGUCUUUGACUGCUUCCCUCUGCUGGCCCUCGACAAGUUUGCCUGCAUGGAGGUGAACCGCGCCGACGAGUUUUCUCCCCUCAAGAACGCCAGCGGCACCGGACAGGAUGACCCCGAGACCAGCAAGGCCGACAUCAUGAACCAGGGUCUCCGCUGGGCCCAGGCCGCCGGCGCCACCGUUGUUUCAGAUGGAGGCAUCGAGGUGUCUCCCCUGAUCAGCUACGGCGGCGAGGGACUUGAGCACCUCAACGGCAAGACCAUCGUGGCUCCAGCCGUUCUGGAGCUGGAGAAGAACUAA